AUGGAAGCGGUCUCUGAGGAGGCAACAGAAUGUGAUGUGCCAGUGAGCAAGUCAGUGUCUGUGCUGGAGUUGGCUGCUUCGGCAGAAGCAACAGCGGACAAGGAAGAAGACCAGCCUUCUGGACCGACAUGUUCCUACGUCCUAUACAUCGGAAACUUGAAUCCCAAAUACUCACGGGAAGUUAUCUGCAGCAUGCUAAAAGAUAUCUUAGGCAUGGCCGGUGUCACUCUCCAGCGGCACAACAUCGAAGUGAUCCGGAAACGCAGGCAGGCCUAUGCUUUCGUGCAGGUGGCAACAGAAGUCAGCUUGGAGCAUGUCCUAAAACAGUUGCUGCUCACGUCUGAAUCGGAGCAACACCUUGUCAAGGAGCUGGUGAAGAAAGGCAAAAAUCUGGUUGUGGGAGAAGGCAAGAAAUGUGCGUUUGGGACCAACGAUGGCAGAGAGACUGACUCUGUAGGAAGCAGGUCAGAAUCUCGUCUAGGAGGGCUGCAGGUGCCAGAGAGGCGGACAAAGCCACCGUUCAGUGAAACCCAGACUAACUUCAGCAGAAAGGUUGCUCAGCACACUUGGAGACUGAGGGACCGGCCAGGAGCCUUUCUGAGCGGCACGUGUUCAGACAGCGCCAUUGUCCAGAAAGAGAUCGUAGGCAAGGAGCAGCUGUUCUAUGGAGCUUCCAUGGGUAAUGAGACACGGAACAUAGAGUUCAAGCGUGGUGGGGGGGAAUAUUUGACAGUCACUCUGAAGCAUCAUGUGCGGAAGUAUGCGUGCGCAUUCCUCAACAGUGAAGGGGGAAGCCUUUUUGUGGGGGUAGAAGACAACGGCUUGGUGCUGGGAGUCCACUGCGACCACAAAGACGAAGACAGGGUCCGCCUUCUUAUCGACUCGGUUCUGAAGGGUUUCAAGCCUCAAGUUUUUCCAGCAGCAUAUACACUGAGUUUCAUCCCUGUUAUCAAAGCUGAAGACACCGGCAUCUUCCUGAAAGUUAUCCGGUUAACUGUUCAUCCUCCCAAACAACACGGGGAGCCACUACUUUAUGAAACAGACCAAGGGGAAGUAUACAUGCGGCGAGAUGGCAGUAUUCAAGGCCCUCUCUCUGGGAGUGCCAUCCAAGAGUGGUGUCGACAGAAAUGGAAAGAGGAGAUCAAGAAGUUGGAGGAGAAAAUAGAGAGCGUGUUGAAGGAAAAGGAGAUGCUGCAGCAGCACGUGCACCGGGAUACCAGCUCCGGAUGCUGUGCCCUCGUGUAA